AUGUCGUCUUCCCGUCGAUCUGGAGGGUCUAGUUCCCGGUCAGGGCGUUCUGGCACCUCGGUCAAGUCCAUCAUCAAGUCUCUCAAGAACCACAGCGUCAACACCCUCACGGAGCUCUGCCGCAUCGAACGCAUCGCCGCCUCGUGCGAGGACGAAGCCGACGCCAAGGCCUUCCAGGAGCCCAUGACGGCGGCGUGGGUGUACUACGUCACCAGCAACCAGCUGCUGAUCGAGCUGCGCGGCUUCACGGGCAACUACCCCAUCAGCGCCGACGUUAUUCACGAUGCGCACACGCGCGUGCGGGCGGACCCGGACAGCAACCGCAGCUGGAACCUGGCGUGGCUGUGCCUCAACAAGAUGCGCGACGACGGCCUGAUCUCGGGAUACUCGGAGGUUGAGGCGUCGAGACAGGAGAUGUGGGGGGCCACGGUGCCGACGCAGGAAGAGGUGCAGCAGCUGGCCGCGUGUUUCGAGUAUGAGUGGAACGUGGCGGUUGAUACGAUGUUGCGGCAUUGGCAGACUCCGCCGUCGUGGUAUUGA